AUGAACGGCAACAUCAACAGUGAUGGCCUCGACAAAGAUCUUUCGGCCAUGGCAGAGGCUGGACACGGCGGUGCCCUCAUCAAAGAUGUACAAGCCGGCCUGCCAGAAGGACCCAUCACCUAUGCCAGCCGUGAAUGGCUUGAUUUGGUUGUCUACGCUGUCAAGGGUCUUGAAAAACGUGGCAUGCAGGCGGCAAUGCGCAACUCUCCGGGAUAUUCUGGUGUUGGCAGCCAUAACCUGCCCGUCAAUGAGACCAUGAAGGAACUGAUCUGGACGGAGAGCCGAAUCACUGCCAACUCCUCCAGCGACACCAUCCCGCCCAAACCUUUCAGCAAGUUGGGCAUGUAUCAGGAUCUAUUCACCCUGGCAUAUUCAACCGGGCAAGGAGAGGGAAACCUGGUGUUCGGAGACGCUGUGCAAGAAGUCCGCAUCAACGAGACUGUCGUCAAGACAACCGUCACUUCAAAAAUUGAUAGAACGAAUCCACUGGGACUGGAAUCAAAAUCUGCGAAACCCGACAUGGCCUUCAAAGAACCCUUUAUAGCUCAGGCUAUUCCAAUUUAUCGUAUACUAGAACUGCCUCUCAACGCUUUCGAUGGUGCCCGCGACUAUCCCCCUCAAUGGUCGGUUUCUGUUUUCAACAAUUCUGUCAACUGGACAUCCGUCUCAGUUACCGUAUCCGCUCCAGCCUUGGGCCAGGUCAAGGCCAAAUACCUUCGGCUGGUUCCAUCUGCCCCAACGUGGAUUACCGGCAUCGACGUGUCGUCUUCACCUAGGUUGCCAAAUUGGGCUGUCAAGUCUCAUGGAGCCCCUGGGACUGUCACGGUUGCCUCGUUUCCAACUGCUGAUCUUCCUUCUAUCGAUCAUCUUCUAUCAUGGAUGCACCACCUCUGCGCCAAGAACACACUGAUGGGUAAUCUGUCCAGGACUUUCCGUGGACCUCUUCCGCCCGACGUUUCCACCUGGACCGAGCAUCCAUUCCAGCUCAAAGCAACUGGCGAUCGAAUGAUGACCCUUGGACCUAAUAGAUUCAUCUUUCACAGCUAUGUUCAUCAACCUGUGAAUGCGGCUUUUCCUGGAAUGACGUUUGGGUCAUUUGGCACGCACUUUGAGCGGAUGAACACUUGGGCAAAACAACAAAUCGGCUGGAACAAGCACUUGUCAAGAGUGUCAUAUAUCCUUCAGAACACCGAUGCAUAUGUCGACGUCGCUUGCUUCAUUAGCGAAGAGCCAUCACAAGCUACUGUGCCUUACAACAGCCCCUACAAUGUCCCACUGUCCUAUCAAGCAGACAUCUUUUCUGGGGCGAAUCUUCUAGACCUGAAAGCCAAAGACGGCCGAGCAUCUCUCUGGGGUCUUGCUGGCAAUGUGUUCACAAACAUGACUGCUGCCGAAGCCUUGAAAGCUGUGGAUCUCGCACCAAAUCUGGAGUUCACGUCAUCUCCCAACGACGCUGCAAUCUACUACACCAACAGAACUGAUGGCUCUGAAGAGUCUAUCGUCGUUGUCAUUCGACAAAAGGCGAGCAGAAGUCUUGAUUCAGUGUCCAAAGACGGUCACCAGCUCUGGGCGGCGACACCUUUUGAGUCUUUCGUGACAACACCUCACCAAAACAUAUCGUCUUCAUUUACUGUCACACUAUGGGCAAAGCCAGAAGUUGCACAGUUUGGCACUUCAAGCUACAUCAUCUACCCCACGUCAUCAUACGGGAAUGGACAUGCCUCAAUGCCACUCUCUCUGGGAACCAACGGGGCUCAGAUCGGAGAGGCCACAACUUCUAGGCCUAAGACUGUCAUUGGUCUCACUGAGACUGCUAACAACUUUACCGUCUCGGGGUGGACUCAUUUCGCCAUCGUGUAUGAGAAUAGCACGCCUUCACUAUACGUCAAUGGCGAAAUGAUAAGCAAGGACACAAAGCCAAGCAGCAUUGUGCAUCCAGGUCUGGGACAGCCAGAUGCACCAGCGCGGAUGACGAAGCGUUCCGACGGUGACCUUGCCGGACUUGAAGCUCAUGAUGAGUCUUUGAAGGCAGCUGAUAUCAAGGCAUUGUUUCAUUGUCUCUCUCAAUGGAAGUUCGGAAGUGUCGUUUCCCGCCGAUCGCUUGCCCAAGAAGCGUGGGAAAAUUACAGUCGAGUUACCCGAGCUCAAAUCCUGAGGGACCACGAAGAUUUCGAUAUCACUCAUUUCUCUGGAACAGCCACCUACAAGACCAAGUUCCAACUGCCCAAGGAUCAAGGUUCCAAGAUAAGCACGGGUGCAAAGACGCGUGUAUUACCGAACCUGGGCCGAGUGGAAAACAUUGCCUCAGUCAAGGUGAAUGGGAAGGAUCAAGGUCUCGUCUGGCUCCCGCCCUACGAGGUAGACAUCACCUCGGCUGUGAGAUCCUCUCGUACCAACACACUGGAGGUCGAGGUCACAAACUGCUGGCCAAACAGGCUUAUUGGAGACGAGAAGCUACCGGUAGAAAACAAUUACAACUCGACUCGGCAGAAUUUUGCUAUCGAGGAAUGGCUAGACUGGUUUGCCAAGGGCUUGGAGGGCAGAGGAUACAACAGUGGGGAUGAGUUUGGAAACGACGGCACCCGUAAGCCUGAAGAGAGAGUGACUUUCACUUCUUGGAAGCACUACGAUGAGUCGAGCCCCUUGUUCGAGAGCGGACUUCUGGGACCUGUCACUGCCACUGCCACGGUAGCUGAGCUUGUGGACAUAAAGGUGUACGCGUAA